AUGCACAUACGCUAUUUUUUUCCAUAUAAAGUAUAUAUACACACAUAUACCAAACAUCCGCGUCUCAGUAUGCUCCUAUUAUAUCACGCGUUUCCUCCGGCUAGCAUAUAUCCCCCGCGCAACCGAUCCCACGCAGCGCAGCCACACACGCCGAACCAUCACAGCUCUCAUUCCUUGCACUCUGUCUUCGCCUUUACCCUAUCUCUGACUCUCUUCGGCAUGGGGAACUUGGCGUCCUGCAUGCUGGCCAUGAUCCCCGGGGCGGCCAAGGACGUCAGGAUCGUGCUCCCCGGUGGCGGGCUGUGGCUGGUCAGGCCCCCGGCGACGGCGGCUGAGCUGAUGCUCGAGGCGCCGGGCCAUUUUCUGGCCGACGCGCGCGCGCUGCAGGCGGGGCGCCGGAUCGAGGCGCUUGCGGCUGAUGAGGACCUCGAGCUCGGGAGAGUCUACGCCGCCUUCCCCAUGAAGCGGCUUGGCUCCAAGGCCGUGCCCGCCGACGUUUUCGCCAGCGAGGCUCAUGCCCGGAGGCCCGCUUCGGCCAAGGUGGCGGACAUCGUCGUGGCGCCGCCCGGGGUGGCUUCCGUUGCCGCCGAGGCGGACGUCGGGCCGGUCAGGACGCCGCGGUUGGAUGAGAUGGCCGUGGACAACGAAGCGGCUGGGGCAGAGAUCGAAGAGCUCAAUCAACGGAUACGUGGCGGUCGCUUGUCGAGGCGGCGGCCCACGUUGGAGACUAUACACGAGGAGAGCUACGCCGCACUACCAUGCUAA